AUGGCUUCAGAGAACCCCGUGGGAAGUCUCCAGUAUGAAGCUACUUGUCCCAUCUGUCUGGAGGAUUUUAAAGACCCAGUGAUUAUAGACUGCGGACACAAUUUCUGUCGAGCCUGCAUCACCCAGUGCUGGGAGGGAUCCGAUACAGCCGCCUCCUGCCCCCAGUGCAGAGAAACUGUGCAACAGAGAAACCUCAGGCCAAACAGGCAGUUGGCAAAUGUCCUAAAAAUAGUCAAACAACUGAAUUUACAGGUAAUGAAGGAUGCAGGAGGGGAGAGAGUGUGUGUGGAACACCAGGAGCCUCUCAAACUGUUCUGUGAAGAGGAUCAAACCCCCAUCUGUUUGGUGUGUGACAGAUCCCGGAUGCACAAAGCUCACACUGUGGUUCCCAUAGAGGAGGCUGCCCAGGAGUACAAGGAAAAGAUCCAGGCCCGUUUGAGGACGCUAAGGAAAGAGAGAGAAAAGCUCCUGGGAUUUAAAGUGACUGGAGAGGAGCAAUUCCAGGAGUAUCUGAUACAGACGCAAACUGAGAGGCAGAAGAUUGUGUCUGAAUUUCAGCAACUGCGGCAGUUCCUGGAGGAACAAGAGCAACUCCUGCUGGCCCAGCUGGAGAAGCUGAACAAGGAGAUUGUGAAGAUACAGAAUGAAAAUAUCUCUAAAUUCUCUGAGGAGAUUUCCCGUCUCAGUGAACUGAUCAAUGAGCUGGAGGGGAAGUGUCAGAAGCCAGCCAGUGAAUUCCUGCAGGAUUUCAAAAGCACCUUGAGCAGGUGUGAGAAGGGGAUGUUCCAGCAGCCAGUGGAGAUUUCUCCUGAGCUGGAAAAGAGACUCAAGGAUUUUGCCCAGAAAAAUAUUGCUGUAACGGAGACUCUGAGGAAGUUCAAAGACGUGCUGCCCUCUGAAGUAGAGUCAAGGAGAGGGAAAUCCCUGGGAUCAUACAGACCAGUGAAUGUGACUCUGGAUCCAGACACGGCUCAUCCCCAGCUCGUCCUGUCUGAGGAUCGGAAAAGUGUGAGAUGGGAAGACACACGACGGGAUCUGCCCAACAAUCCUGAGAGAUUUGACACUGAGAUUUGUGUGCUGGGGUGUGAGGGAUUCACCUCGGGGAGACAUUGCUGGGGGGUGGAGGUGGGUAAUAGGGGAUACUGGGCUGUAGGGGUGACCAGAGAGUCUGUGAUGAGGAAGGGAGGGAUCAGCCCUAACCCUGAGCAGGGAAUCUGGGCUGUGGAGCGGUGCUGGGAUCAGUUCCAGGCUCUCACUUCCCCACGCACCCCUCUACCUGUGAGCUGGGACCCCAGGAGGAUCCGGGUUUGUCUGGACUGUGAACGGGGGCAGGUGACAUUUUUCGAUGCUGGUGACGAGAGCCCACUGUUCACUUUCCCACUGGCCUUGGUCCCUGAGGAGAGAAUCCGACCCUGGUUCUGGGUGGGAGGAUCCCAGCUCAGACUUAGUUCCUGA